AUGGAUAUUAUAAUUGGCUUAACAGUGAAAGAGGGCACAAUUAUUGCCACAUCCAAGGCAGCUACUCGAGGAAUAUCGAUCUUGAAAGAUAAUGAUGAUAAAACACGUCAAUUGAAUUCCCAUAAUCUUAUAGCAUACACUGGAGAAUCUGGUGAUACGGUGCAAUUUGCUGAAUACAUUCAAGCCAACAUUCAAUUGAGUACAAUGAGAGAGAACGAAAUUGAGUUGAGCCCUAAAGCUGUGGCAUCAUUUGUGCGUAAUCAACUUGCUACAUCGAUUAGAUCAAGAAAGCCAUAUCAAGUGAAUGCUUUAAUUGGAGGAUACGAUACAAAGACUCAGAAACCAAGUUUAAGUUGGGUUGAUUAUUUAGGUACUUAUGUCGAGUUGCCAUAUGGAGCACAUGGGUAUUCUGCAUUCUAUUGCACUUCACUCUUUGAUAAACAUUAUAGAAAGGAUAUGACUAUUGAUGAAGGAUUGAAGUUAUUACAAAUGUGUGUUGAUGAAUUGAACAGAAGAAUGCCCAUUGAUUUUAAAGGAGUUUAUGUUAAGAUUGUUGAUGCUGAAGGGAUCAGACAAAUUGACUUUAAUUAG